UGCCCGCUCUUUUUUCUUGUCCUUCUUGUUCCUUCUUCGGGAAGGCGAUCCCGUUCCCCUCUCGGCCUCUCCCCCGCCCCCCAAAAAUUCUCACCAUGGCCUUCGAAUCUCCCUCUCACACCGCCGCCUCCUCCUCCUCGUCGGCCUCUGGCAACGCCAAAAAGAGGAAAACCAUGUCCGACUCCUCCGGCCCUUUUCCCCGAGUCAGAAACCCUCGGAACUCUCUCCGCCCCAAAAAUUCCCCCUUCGCCGAUUUCGGAAGUUAUAUGGUGGAGAAGAAUAAGAAGCUGCGAGAACAAUUCGAUUCGGCGGCUUCCACUUCAUCCCUUCAAGAUUCCGGUGAUGGGAAGAAGGGCAUCUUCCAUGGGGUUUCUAUUUUCGUCGAUGGAUUCACUGUUCCCUCCAGUCAGGAACUAAAGGCAUAUAUGCUGAAGCAUGGUGGGCGGUUUGAGAAUUACUUCUCAACGCAUACAGUGACUCAUAUCAUUUGCAGUCACCUUCCUGAUAGUAAAAUGAGGAACUUCAGGGCAUUUAGCCGAGGUCUCCCUGUUGUGAAACCUGCAUGGGUGAUGGAUUGUGUGGCAGCUAAUAAACUUUUGAGUUGGGUUCCUUACCAACUAGAGGAGCUUGUGAAUAAAACCUCUAAACAACAGAAGCUUUCUUCUUUCUUUUCUCACAAAGGCAUCCUGAGUUUGAAAAAUGCUGAAACUCCUGUAAAUCAGAAUGUGAAAUUUGAUGCUGAAGGCUCAUUAUCGAAGGACGAGGGACCUAAGGACACAGUAUUAUCUGCAGAGGACCAAGUUUCCGAAUGUAGAACGCUAGGUAGCAAUGUGCAUGACAAAACCUGUGAAGAGAUAAGUACAGAGGCAAAAUUUACUGAUCUGGAAGAUGAGCACAGUGUUGUCCAAGCAUCUGAUACAAGUGUGCAUAGACCUUCGUACAUGGAUAGUAGCAGUUGCAUGUAUAGCAAAAAUUGUAAGGAAGCUUCAGAUAUAAAAUGUGCAAGAGCUUCCAAUCAAUCACACUCAACUCUCACAGAUCCAAAUUUUGUUGAGAAUUAUUUCAGGAACUCUAGGCUGCAUUUUAUUGGAACCUGGAGGAAUCGGUAUCGCAAACGCUUUUCCAAUAUGCUGAGUGAAGUUAAAGGCGGCAAAGCUAAUAUUAACUCUGACAUGCAAAAACAUGCUAUUAUCCAUAUAGACAUGGACUGUUUCUUUGUGUCGGUGAUCAUUAGAAACUAUCCUGAGUUGAUUGACAAGCCUGUAGCGGUAUGCCAUUCAGACAAUCCCAAAGGAACAGCAGAAAUAUCCUCUGCAAAUUAUCCUGCGCGAGACUAUGGUGUGAGAGCUGGGAUGUUUGUGAGAGAUGCCAAGGCUCGCUGUCCUCACCUUGUCAUUGUUCCUUACGACUUUGAGGCCUAUGAGGAGGUGGCUGACCAGUUUUAUAGCAUAUUGCAUAAGCAUUGCAACAAAGUUCAGGCACUAAGCUGUGAUGAAGCGUUUCUAGAUGUUACAGAAUGUGGAAAUAAUAAUCCUGAGCAAAUAGCAUCAAUGAUUAGGAUGGAGAUUGCUGGGACAACAAGGUGUACAGCAAGUGCGGGGAUUGCUGAAAACUUACUCCUGGCUCGUCUUGCUACCAGAUCAGCUAAACCAAAUGGUCAAUGUUUCAUCCCAUCUGAGAAGGUUGAUGACUAUUUAAACGGUCUUCCUGUCAAGGCACUUCCAGGCAUUGGGCAUGCUCUAGAAGAGAAGCUGAAAAGCAGGCAAGUUCAGACUUGUGGCCAGCUGCGCAUGGUUUCGAAGGAAGCCCUUCACAAGGACUUUGGUACAAAAAUUGGUGAUAUGCUGUGGAAUUACUGUCGAGGAAUUGAUAACCGAAUGGUUGAAGUUGUUCAGGAAACAAAGUCUAUUGGUGCUGAAGUAAACUGGGGAGUUAGGUUCGACGGCUUUACAGAUUGUGAAAAUUUUCUUAUGAAUCUUUGCAAGGAGGUCUCACUGCGGUUGCAGGGAUGUGGAGUGCAAGGACGUGCCAUCACUGUGAAGGUGAGAAAGCGGAAGAAAGGGGCUGAAGAACCAUUAAAGUUCAUGGGAUGCGGGGACUGUGAAACUAUGAGUCGGUCCAUGACGAUUCCUGUUCCCACUGAUAAUGUGGUUUCGCUUCAGAGGAUAACCAAACAAAUUUUUGCAUCGUUUCAUAUUGAUGUCAAGGAAAUUCGUGGCAUUGGCUUGCAAAUAUCAAAGCUUGAGAGUGUAGACAUAUCAAGACAAGGGCACGAGGAGAAUACACUUGAAUCAUGGCUCACAUCUUCAUCUGAAAAGAUCAAAACACAAUGCAAAAGAAUCCCCUCUUCAGUCAAACAGGACACUGGAGAGGUAUUGGUGGCUGAUGCGGAAUGCCAAUCAAAGUGCAGAAAUUAUGAGCAUUCGAAGUCAAUUUAUACUAAUGGGACACGUUCUUGUCCAUCAGAAAUAAAUCUUGGCAGUUCUAGAUCUCAUGAAAAUAGAACUUCAACAUUGCCACCAUUAUGCUAUCUUGAUAUAGAUGUUGUAAAGAGUCUCCCUCAGGAAAUAAUUUCAGAAAUGAAUGAUAUGUACAAGGGAGAGUUAUGUGCUUUUUUGGAGAAACAUGAAGAGGACGGCAGAGGAAAUGCCCAUUUGUCUACCAAAUCCACAGCAGAAGAAAAUGAUACCAUUUCGGCAGCAAGUUAUCAAAGAGUAAAUUGUGAUACCAGCAGAGACAUGACUGUUGGACAUAGUGACCCUGUAAAACUGAAUUCAAGUGCAAGAAAUGAAGGCAAACAGCCAUUAUGUUAUCCUGCUGUUUCCAUGUCUAAUCUUGCAUUUGAAAGUAAGGUUUUAAAUCCAGAAGCGAAUGAAUUUACCGCAGGGAAGAGUAUGACAAGGACACCUUGCAAAGUUCAGUCAGCACAUGCUUCAUGCUCAAGAUCUGAUGAUUUACAGAUGAGAACGACAAAUCUGAUAGAUUUGAUGCCUAAUUCUUUAACUCAGGCAGAUGCUUCGGUUCUAGAACAGUUACCUGAAGAUUUGAAGGCUGAUAUUAUUGAGUCACUUCCUGCACACAGAGCAGUAAAUUCUGUGGGAAAUGAUCCUAUUGGUUUUGUUCGUGCAUUCCCGAACAAUGUAGGAGUUCAGAAUUUAGAAUAUCCGAAGACCCAUCUUUGGUUAGAAAGUCCUCCAAAAUGGGUUGUGAUGUUCCAGACUAGCAAUUGUUUGAUUUUGAACAUUAUUGCUGAACUGUAUACCAAAUCCAGGGCAAAUGGCCUUCUAUCUUCCACUUUCCAGUCCAUGUUUUCUUUCCUUCCUUUAACAUCUGAAUCGUGCAGUGAGGAGUGGGAUGAAACACUUUCCAGCUUGUGUGAACUUCUUACACAAUAUGUCAAUUUAAAGAUUGAAUCAGAUAUUGAGGAGCUCUACAAUUGCUUUUGUUUUCUGAAAAGGUGUUCUUCAAUGUCGAAUUUGUUGUUAGAAGUAUACAGUAAUGUACUUCCUCUGCUUCAGGCUUCUGUGAGUGAGAAUUAUGGAGGAAUAUUGAAGCUUUAAGCUAAUGGUACAUCAGCCUAUGUUGUUCCACAAGUAUAUACCAGUCUUAACAGCUGUAGCUGGGAGAAGUGAGUCAUGCAGAAUGUUACAAUUGCUUGUGUUUUCCCCCAUUAUCUCUGAUAGUGUUAAAAGUGAGCGAUAUGCUGGAAAUUUUGACAUUUGGCCGAUAAAUGUUAGGAUGACAUGAAACUUGAGAAAUACCCAUCACUAAUCUCCACUCUGAUGAGGAUUCGUCACAUAGGGAGGCCGAUCCUGCAGGCGCCUGGACUGUUACUUCUCAUGUAAAUAAAUUAGUGGCUAUUGAGUUUUUUUUUUUUUUUUCCUUUUUUUCUUUUUGUCCUUCGGCGGAUGCAGAGGCUAAUGCGUUUAUAGAGUGCCAAUUGUUCCUGUUCUGUUUGUCAUAUAACUAUUCUUUUAUGAUUAUGUUAAGUAUGUUCCACA